AUGUUUGCGGUUGCGAUGGAGCGAGGCGCAGAGGCCGCGACUGCCGCGAGUGCCCCCGCCACAAAGAGUGAUAGAGGCGCGCGGCAGUGUCAGUCACAAAGCCAGGCCAGGACAGUCAGUCAGUGUCAGCGGCAGUCGGCGCUCGUGUCAGUGCGGCAUGGUGGCGAAAUGAAGCAGCAGCAGGACGAGGAGGCCGGCGGCCCUUUGCUCAACGCGCUCCACGCCAAGAUCAGGCCGGCGGCGGCCGCCGCCGGCUCCUUCCUGGCCGCCUCCCCCCUCCCCAGGCACAACACCUUCACCAGCAAUGCCUCGUCCAUGCAGGCCCUCAGGGUGCGUCACCGGAGCGGAAGUCGGAAGCCGCGGAAGCGGGUGGUGUUCAAGAACGGCGACUGCAACGUGCUGCAGACCAACAUCUCGAAGCGGCGGCUGCGCUACCUGCAGGACAUCUUCACCACCCUGGUGGACGUGCAGUGGCGCUGGACGCUGCUCGUGUUCGCGCUCAGCUUCGUGCUGUCGUGGCUGGGCUUCGCGGUCAUCUGGUGGCUGAUCGCCUUCAGCCACGGCGACCUCGAGCCCAACCACCUGCCGGACAGCCAGGAGGAGUCCAACUGGACGCCCUGCGUCGUCAACAUCUUCAACUUCGCCUCCUGCUUCCUCUUCAGCGUCGAGACUCAGCACACCAUCGGCUACGGCUCAAGGUCGACGACCGAGGAGUGUCCGGAGGCGAUCUUCAUCAUGUGCCUGCAGAGCAUCACGGGCGUGAUGAUCCAGGCGUUCAUGGUGGGCAUCGUGUUCGCCAAGAUGUCUCGGCCGAAGAAGCGGACGCAGACGCUGCUGUUCAGCCGCAGCGCCGUGAUUUGCCAGCGGGACGGGCAGUUGUGUCUGAUGUUCAGGGUCGGCGACAUGCGCAAGUCGCACAUCAUCGGCGCCGGCAUCAGGGCGCAGCUGAUCCGGUCGCGGCAGACCAAGGAGGGCGAGUUGCUGGCCAUGUACCAGCACGAGCUGGUGGUGGGCGCGGACAGCGACCAGAGCGACAUCUUCUUCAUCUGGCCCACCAACAUUGUCCACAAGAUCGACGCGUCCAGCCCCCUGUACCACAUGAGCGCCGCCGACAUGAUCCGCGAACGCUUCGAGAUCGUCGUCAUCCUCGAGGGCUGCAUCGAGAGCACCGGACAGACCACGCAGGCCCGGUCCUCGUACCUGCCCUCGGAGAUCCUGUGGGGCCACCGCUUCCAGCCGCUCGUCUCCUUCAGCAAGGACCGCGGCGGCUACGAGGUCGACUACAGCCUCUUCAACAACACCUACGAGGUUGAGACGCCGCUCUGCAGCGCCAGGGACCUCGAGCACUUCAACCGCAUCCAGGACGAAAUCAGGCACUCAGCUGAGAUAUCAGUUCGAGACAUGGCGAACAGUCUGGUGCCCUUCGGAGGAGGUCUGCGGCGCGUGACGAGCGAACCUGGCGGUCAGGUGGGUCAGCAGGGCGCCCUGCAGCACGCCGGCGUCCCCCUGCUCGCCCUCGACCAGACGCCCGAGUCUCCCGAUUGACAAGAAGAAAUUUUCUCCAACCUCGGCCAUUUUAAAAUUAAAAAAUAAGCGUCGUGCAUCUCUCAGUAUAAUUAUGUCAAUUUUUAAGUACACACGUGCCAUUUCAGUAGGAGAGUUUAAUCUCAAAAGUGAUAUAUAUUUUAAAUAAAAAAAAAAAAACCGUUUUGUGC